AGAUUAUGCAAAAAUUUCACAGGCAAAACGGACCAAAAAGAAAAAAUAAAAUAAAAUGUCACUGUUUCUUUGAUUGACAAAUGAACCACUGCCACACCAAUUUCUCCUUGUCCUAUAUUCCAAAGUCUAUAAUGUCUAAGAUCCCAAGAAGCUGCUUGUUAAUGUUGAGAUUAUCCUGGUGUGAUCAGAAAUCAGCUAGGGUACUUCUUCUCAUAAUGGCAAGAAUUAUAAAAUCUUGCAUGCAAUCAAUCCUGAAAGGUGUUAAUUCGAUAAUGGCAAUGGUCGGUAUUUCAAUGAUUUUGUAUGGUGUUUGGAUGGUAAGAGUUUGGCAGAGAGACAUGGGAGGGUCAUCAUUUGAUGACUUCAAUUCUACUUCUCCAUGGUUUAUAUACACUUUUCUGGUCACAGGCAUCUGCUUAUGCCUCCUAACAUGCCUAGGCCAUAUUGCUGCUGAUAGCGCGAAUGGUUUUUGCCUUUUUUGGUACAUGGUGAUCAUCUCAGUGCUUCUCCUGGUAGAAACAGGAAUUGCAGCUGAUAUACUCUUAAAUUCUGAUUGGGAGAAGGAUUUACCUGAAGAUCCAACCGGGAGGUUUCAUGAUUUCAAAGAAUUUGUGCAGUCUAACAUUGACAUCUUCAAAUCGAUUGGCCUGAUUAUAAUCUUAGGACAGGGACUUUCAGUACUAUCGGCCAUGGCCCUCAGAGCCCUUGGCCCCAACCAAUGCUCCAACUAUGAUAGCGAUGAAGAAUUCCUUCCAGCCAGGCUUCCCCUCAUAAAUAACCAUGCUCAACAACCUGUUUAUGCCAUUGGAGAUUCUCCCUUUCCCAACAAGAAUGAAGCUUGGAAUAUUGCCAAUAAGUGAAAAGAGUAGCAGCAAUUUUCUGUAUCAUUCACAAGAAGAUAUGAGAAGAGAGAAGCAAAUGAAAGCAGAACACGCCAUGAAAAUGC